AGUCAUUUAAGUGAUCACCUGGGACUGCAGAAUAUCUUUUAGAUUGUGUCUUAUUUAAGAUGGAUUACUUGAAAGACAAGAUUUUCCCUUCUACUACUACGGAUUAAUUAAAGAACAAGGACCUUCCCUUUUUUCUACUUUUUACUACUAUAAAUAACACUAGGGUGCAAUAAUAUACACAUCAGAAUUCACAAACUCUCUCUUCUCUCUCUUGCCGCCCCAUCUGUCUCCCUCUGUAAUUAAACAAGCGUACAACAAAAUACAAGUUGGCAGCGAAAAACAAAGACCAUACCAAAACCUAUGGCCAAUUCCUAUGCGAUUAUCUUUUCCUUGGCCUUCGUGGCCGCUCUGAUCAUCUCAGUUGAUGCAGGCGGCGAUCAUGGGGUGAGCUGGGUUCCAGUGAGACCUCGCUGCGAGGGUUCUGUAGCAGAGUGCAUGGAUGAUCGUGAUGAUGAGUUUGGCAUGGACUCGGAGAUUAGCAGGCGCAUCUUGGCCACCUCACGAAACAUAAGCUAUGACGCUAUGCAGAGAAACACUGUGCCUUGCUCUCAGAGAGGUGCUUCCUCCAACAACUGCAAGCCGGGUGCUCAGAGUCAGAGCAACCCCUACAACCGUGGAUGCAGUGCUAAUACUCGUUGCCGGAGUUGAUCACGCAGUGUAGCAUUUUUUUUUCAAUAUUUAGUCACUUUCAUUUAAUAAACAUGUUAAUUGUAAUGUAACUUUAUAUUACGCUUUAUCUUCUGUUUCAA